AGCCACUAUGCUUUCAGCGGUCUGCACACCAUAGUCCUCCUCUAUCUGCUGACCUUCUCCUUCAAUGUCUUCUGGCCUACGGUCCCCUCAGACCCCGCGAUCAAGCGCAUCCUCUCCUAGACCGACAUUUGACACCGACUUGCUUCGAGCCUAUGUCAAGAAGUUGCUCCAGACUACUCUACAGUCCGCCACUUGGCCGGAACCUCGCGAACGAGAUCGUGUGAAGGGUUGGAUAAAGGAGAUAGGCGAACGAGUUAAAGAACGAAUGUUAGAAAUUCAACCGAGAGGCUUUAAAUACGUUGUCAUGACCCAAAUCAACGAGAACCUCGGACAAGGCGGAAGGGCGGAUAUGGUGUGUCACUGGGAAGAUUCGGACGUUGUUACACAAGAAGUAUUCUAUAAUGACUCUAUCAUCUGUAUCUGUGUUGCAUUCGCUAUUCGGACAGUAUGAGAUAUUGCACCCUCUCUAUACCCCGUUCUAUCGCAAUUAUAUCCUCUCCUUAAAUUUCUGG